GAACUAUCAUCCCUAAUAAACAACCUGUGCGAUAUAAACCAAAAUAUUCUAGAAAACCGCUGAAAUUGUUUGUUUAACAGACAAAUUGAGCAUUAACUACGCCAACGUGGACAUAUAAACGCAAAAUAAUAUACUUUAUUUUAUAAAGAUUGAAAUCUUUCUUUGAACGAGCCAGUUUUUUAACGCACGUGGUGCACGUGGAGAAGAGAUUGUUUAUUCCAAACACCUAAACAAUUUCACCAGAAGAUUUUGUGAUAAUGGUGGCUGAUAUUUUCAGUGAAUAUUAUAUAUGCAACUUUAACGAUGCAGUGUCGUUAGAAGAUCUGCCGGCCGAUGAGGCACUGCGUCAAUUAUGGACCCGUACACAGCUGUGGACCUUGAAUGAUAUAGGGGAAAUUUUUAAGCGCUGGCGGGAAAAGGCAAGCCCCAAUUCAAAGGAGGAUCCCUCUUCGCAACUCAGAGAUUUUCUGCUGCUGAUUUUCGCUUUUGUUCAAAACAAUUUUACUGGACCCUUUGAUAAAAUUGAAGAGUUUAAAGAAAUUUAUAACCAACUAAAUCUGGAGAGCUUGGAUGCCCAGGAGAAACUUAAGGCCAGUGGCGAGGAACUAAAUCCGAAUGUUAAAACUGGAGAACUUCUGUUUGUGGCCAGGGAAAUACUUCACGGAUUGAUAGAGGCUUAUCCAGAUUCCAAGGUACUGAUUUGGUGGAACCUGCGUUUGAUCUGCCUGCAUCAGCACAUCCUGGAUGAUCUAGCGGCCGCACUCUAUGAGCAAUUCAAGAAAGCAGCAGGGUUUCUUAAAGGUCAAAUCAACAAUUUUGAGAGUAGGGAACUGCAGUCCCUGCUGCUGCUGGAGUUAGCGAAUGGCUAUCUGCAGUUUCACCGGUCAGAAAUAGCCUCGCAACUGCUAGACGAUCUGUGCAACCAUCUCCAGGUGGAGCUUAAAGUGGAGGGUUUGCUUGGAGUGCGUACGAAGUUUCAGCAGAAGGCUCUUCCGCAGCUCUGCCUUAAAGUGGAGCAGCUAAAGGAACAGGAGAGCCUGCUCCCAGCUGUCCGUACGAAUGAGACGACAAAGUUGCCCAAAUUGCUUCUUCUGGAGGAUGACACUCGGUUGGAGCGGAUUCGCUUUGUGGAGCUUAAAGACAAUGAAGUAAUGACGCUUCCCAGUGUUCUGCAAGCUCUCGUGCUGGCCAAGGUAAAACAAUUGAAACGCUCACAGCCGAAGGAUCGCCUGGCGGAUGAGCAACUGGAGCCCUAUACACAAACCCUGCUUUACCAAGAGCAUGGACCUUUCCAAGUGCGGCAGGCCUCCCUUCUUCUGAACUGUCUACAGGAAUCAAAUCAGCGGAGAACAGUUGAACGCAGCUGGAAACAAUGCGAGGAGUGCGUCAAGCAGCUGGAUAGUUCCGAAGAGGAGCUGUCGCUUCGAUCUCGACUCUCCUACGGCUUUGCCGCUCACCUGAGUCCCAAGUGGCAGGUGCAGCUACAACUUGUGGACCUCCUUCGUUCUUUGGGCAUGACGAAGACCGCUCUGGACAUCUGCCUUCGCAUUCACGCCUGGCAGCAGGUCAUCGAGUGCUACACGAGUCUGGAACUCCGUCACAAGGCGGCGGAGAUCAUUCGACAAGAGCUGGAGAAGAAGCCAACCACUUUGCUGUACUGCCUUCUGGGCGAUGCCAUCGAUGAGCCCAAGUUUUAUGAGGAGGCUUGGUUGCAUUCCAAAAAGACAAGCGGAAAAGCUCAGGCCUAUUGGGGAAACUACUUUUACAGGAGUGCAGACUAUACUCAGGCGAUGGAUCACUUCGAGAUUUCGCUGGAGAUAAACAACCUGCAGGAGGCAAUUCUUUUGCGCUGUGGCUACUGCGCAAUUCAACUGGAACGCUGGGAGGCGGCUGUAAAGUACUACCUGGCCUACACUCACCUGGAACCCAAUGGCUUUGAGUCUUGGAACAAUCUGGCCAAGGCCCUGAUAAAAUUGGGCGACAAACAACGGGCCCAUCGCGUUUUGGGUGAAGCUCUAAAGUGCAACUACAGCAACUGGAAGGUGUGGGAAAACUACAUGCUGGUGUCCGUGGAUACGUCCCAUUGGGAGGAUGCCAUGCGGGCGUACCAGCGAAUGGCCGAGCUCAAGCAGCACUACCUUGAUCAGGAGGUGCUAACGCGGAUUGUUUACGGCAUUUCAAAGGAAGAUCCCGCCGGCUCGGGUUCUCUGAUCAAGAGACUCAUAAAGCUGCUAGGGCAGCAGAGCAUCCAGCACGGAAACGAGCCUCUUGUUUGGGAACUGGCUGCCUUGGUGGCUCCAACGCCUCUCAAAAAGGCUGAAAAGCUAGUUAAAUCCUAUCGUGCUUACACACCGAAACAUUUGGGCUGGGAAACCAAGUCGGAGCACGCCCUUAAAGCUCUGGAUCUUUGCUUGGAGGUCUGUGAGCUCUCUGUGGCAGCCAUCAAAGAGCACAUUCAGGAUGAGAGUGAAGUGAUGAUUACCUCUCAGUUGAAUUCCGCCAGAUUGGCGGGAACGUCUUGUUUGAAUGCUCUGAAAAGAGCCAUAAAUGUGGAUGUGCCAGCAGAACAGACGGAGAAGGUGCAGGAACUAGAGAAGCGUAUCGAUGAUCUAACGAAAAUAGUCCAAGAGAGAAUGAGUGCUCCACGUUCUUAGCCGUAAACCCUUCUGAAAUUUGUUUUUUACUGACAAAUAAACAGCGAUUUUGUAAUAUUAAUGAAAAUGAA